CAUUCACCAGCCCAGACCCCCCAGCUGGACAUCAUUUCAAGACCCCAGGUUGUUCAAGUGGUCCCCAGCCCUCCCAACAGCUCUUGCAGCCCCUCCAGCCCCAGAGUCAUUAGGUCUUCGGAGGAUGGCGCAGUCAAUGUCAGAGAUAGUGUAGGUUCCAUCUUACAGAGAAUCGCCUCUUUCUCCCGGCCUGUCACCACUGAUACAACCCCAGCAGCUGUUACCCAGACCCCUAAAAUCCAAAGUAAUGGUGGGUUGUCUUCUGCAUUUGAGGGUCCUGCUGAAACCAUACCUGUGCCCACAUGGAAACAGGGGAAGAAGAAAAAGGAAGAAACUGCUGGAGAGCUGGACACGGACCCGCUCACCCUGAUGGAGGAGCGAGAGGAGAAAGACAGAGGCAUCAUGGGAGAAGAGCAAGUAGAGGAAGGCAAUAGCGAGGGACAACCAGCCAGCAGCGAUACCCCAAAUUCCACGAAAGAAAAAGAGGAGAACUGUGUGGAGGUCCGUACAGAGAUGGAGGAGAAAGCGACGGAGAAAGGAAUGGAGGAAGGAGAGAUAAAAAAAGAGUUGCUGUUGGAGGCAGAGUUGAAGAUGGAGGUGUGUCAGUCAGCACCAGGCCUGCAGAUGAGCUUGAUCCAGGGCAGCGACCUGUUUGGCUACGUAGGCAUCGAAGCCGUGUUGGACCAGAUGAGGCGCAAGACCAUGAAGGCUGGCUUUGAGUUCAACAUUAUGGUGGUUGGUCAGAGUGGUUUGGGGAAGUCUACAUUGGUCAACACUCUGUUCAAGUCCAAAGUCAGCCGGAAAUCCUGUACACCCAGCUAUGAAGAAAAGAUCUCUAAAACAGUCAAACUGCAUUCAGUCAGCCACGUGAUUGAAGAGAAGGGGGUGAAGAUGAAGCUGACAGUAAUCGACACUCCAGGUUUUGGAGACCAGAUAAAUAAUGAGAACUGCUGGGAGCCCAUAGUGAAGUAUGUCAAUGAGCAGUAUGAGACAUACCUGAGAGAGGAGCUGCAUGUCAACCGCAAGAGGAGAAUACCUGACACCAGAGUCCACUGCUGCAUCUACUUCCUCCCUGCCACUGGACACAGGUUACGCCCCAUUGAUGUGGAGUUCAUGAAGAGGCUGGGAAAGAUAGUGAGCAUCGUACCUGUCAUUGCCAAAGCAGACACACUCACUAUUGAGGAAAGACAGGAGUUUAAGGAGAGGAUAAGACAAGACUUGACGGCAAAUGGGAUUCGUGUUUACCCACAGACAGAGUAUGACGAGGAUCCAGAGGAGCGCAUACUCAAUGACAGGAUCAGGGAAAGCAUUCCCUUUGCUGUGGUGGGAACCGACAAGGAGCACCAGGUGAAUGGAAACAAGGUGCUGGGUCGUAAAACAAAGUGGGGAAUCAUUGAAGUUGAAAAUGUGGCGCACUGUGAGUUUGCCAACCUGAGAGAUUUACUUAUCAGGUCUCACCUGCAGGACCUGAAAGAGGUGACACACAACAUCCACUAUGAAACCUACCGCGUACGACGGCUCAACGAGAGCAACAUGAACUUCAGUGAACUGGGACUGUCAGCCUGGCCGCUGGAGAACGGAACUGCUGACAAAUGCGAAUCAGACAGUCACCUCUGAUCCCUCCUGUUAGCUUCCUACUCCAGGAAUUCUGAUGCUACUCGUCCAAUCAGAAUGAGAGAUGGGGGAAAAAGAAAGCGAUUUUUUUUUUCCCCUCAUAAAAUGGGAUGGAGAAAUUAUGUUUUAAAUUGUUUUUCCCUUUUGUUCAUUAUGGGACCAAAUAGUGGAUUGUUUUUAAAUGAUAAAUUCUAUUUGAAUUUUUACGCGAGUCAUAAGAAAUGCAUCAGAUAUUGAUAUAUUUUUGAAUGCAAACUCAUAUAUAUUUUCUGGAAGCAUGGUGACAUAUAUAGGAUAGGGACGAACAGGCAGCAUAAUAUGGAACAAUGAGAGGAAACAUAAAUAAGUCUGCCAAUGGUAUGUAAGCAUCUUGGUAUCUGCUAGAUUAAUAAUAUACUAUAUGGCCAAAAGUAUGUGGAUAGCUAUAGUGCCAAACAUGGUUGACUGACAACAGUUAUGCUCUUAUGGCUCAAUGAGAUGAAAUCCCUGCAGUUAGGUUCCUACAUCAGGUGGAAAAACGUAGCUGACAUAUGGGAUGGAAUGCUUGGUUGUCCACAUAUGUUUGGAAAUGCAGUGUAUCAUUUGUGCUUAGGUCAAAUGUGUUUAUAUGUGAUCGUAAGGAAAAAAGCAUCAUGUUAUGGCUUUGGGAAAGGUUUUAAUAGAGAGACAAUAGAAAAAACAAUGAACUUGGCGCGCACCCAAAAUAGUGACAGCAUUUAAAGCAGGAAAUUGAGCUCCUCCUCACAAAACGAAAAAAUGAAGCUGCUGCUGUGCUCGGUGCUGCCCCUGCUCAUUCAGUCCCUUUCUAAAAAGGACUCUGUUGAGCUUCUAAUCUGAAGUACUCCAACUCUGUAAGAUUCAAGUCUUCCAACAUGCUGUGGAAAGGUGGAUGAUGUUAGAUUGAAAUUGCUUUUUAUGAAAAGAUGGUUGCCUUUUCUGAGUUAAUGGCAGAUAAAACUGACUGUAGAAAAUAUAACCUAAAUGAUUAGACUGUACCUGCUGUGUGUCAGCUCUGCUAGAUUCUCUUUUCAUUCAGGAGUUCAUGUCCACACUUACAGGGAUAAAAUUGAAGACAUUGUUUAUGUUUAAAGAUGUUUGCCCACGCUAGUAAAAUGUAGAAAAACAGCAGAAGAAUUUUUCAUUUGUUGACUUUCUACCUCUUUUAAAGAGUAACUACACCCCAAUAUGUUUUGAAAUAGUUUAUGUAUCAAUUGACACAGAUACAAAAAAGCAAAACUAAACAUUGGACCCUCCUUUAAUCAUGCAAGUGUAAGGUGGUAGGUGUUGGUGAAUGGACUCUGUGGCCCCUCCAAGAACACUUUAUCUUGGUUCAUGUGUCUGCAGCAGCAUGAAGUGUAGAAGGUCUGGGUGAAGGUGAAUAUGGAUCAGAGGAUGUGGUAAUAUCAUUGAGCUGAGCCAAUGUGUCACAGUGACACAUGACAGCUUUAGCUCAACAAAUGAAGAAACACUGAAAGUACAAUAAUGAUAGAAAUGAGUUAUUAAAAGUGUUAUUUGAUCUUGUCAGUUUUAAGUCUACUGUGUGUCACAUAGCAAAUGUUCACAUCAUAUUGUAACUGAUGUGACAGCAGCAUUUGCACUGUGAUGUAUUUCUAGAAUAAAAUCAUGACCGUGGUAAUUGGAUGUCUCCAAUAGAAAAAGCAGAAUACAGAGUUCUAAUCAACGACGUGUAGGUGCCAAAAUACCACACAGACGGUCAAAGCCAGUUUCAGGGUCAGGAAAACACCAAACUGCGCUGCUUGUGACAGUGCCACAAAAACAAGUCCUAUUAUGUCAUCAGCUGGGAGCAGAAUGUGAAAAAUGUCAACAUUUUGUCCAGAACUCCACCUGAACAAAAUGAAUAGAAGGCAUUCAUUUUAGAAGUACUACUAGACUAUGGCUGUUUUUGACUCAGUGUGUAAAAGCAGAUUGAUGAAGGCAGGCAGUCGCAGAAGGUAUUUCACCUCACCUUAAUGUUUCAUGCUUUUAGAAGUGGUCAGACAUCUGUGGUCAGUUGAAGCAUGUCUUUUUUAUUGGAUGCCAGUUGGAUGCAUGGCUGGCCUCUGUGCCUUUCCAGCAGGUCAGAGAGCCCAUCAGUGGCUGCUCUUAGCUGAUUAGCACUGACUAGCAUUGCAGGCAUGCACCAUAAUGCUGAAUACAUUGAGUUUCUUCAUAACCCAUACAUCAUCAGUCUAUGUUGCCAUGAGGCCAGGCCAGGCUUCUGGAAGCUGUAUCACAGCUCACUUCCUACUGCUUGGGAGGUGGCAUCAACAAACCAUGAAACAAACAACAGUAUUAGGAUUUCACUACAUGAGCAUUAGAGCAUUAGUGACAUAAUGGUGGCUCGUUAAUAGGUGUACAUGUGGGAAAUGAAAGUAGAAGUGUUCUGCUGUCCCCAAAUGACUGUACAGUAUCUCCCUGCACUGUCAGUUAUUUGCAUGCUAGAGUACAUUACAUGCCUAUAACUACUCAAGUAGGUAACAUGUGCAAACAUUUAACAAGGAAAAGUAUAAUAGGUCCCCUUUAAUGCAUUUUACAAAUGUCAAAAUGGUGCAACUGUCUGAUAAGGACUGUGGUUGGAUGGUUCACUUCUUUCUCUCAUCAUCAACAAAUCUUUGUUUCCACUGAAAUGACCAGUAUUAAAAACUCCACACUCCAUGUUGUAGGGAGGAGAAAUACUGGUGCACACACUGUUGCAUUUAUGACCACAUCACAGCUGGGUGUGGCCAGGUGUGUUACAUUGUGCAACUGUAUGUGGACAGCACGGAGCAGGAUUUUCAGACUGGGUGUAGUUACUCUUUAAAUGGUCAUUUAAUAUGGAGGCUCAUAAAGGGCCAGUUCAGUGUAGAGGCCAGUGCCAAGUGGGAAAAAUUGUGCAUUUUAAGAUUUAUCCUCAUUAGUGUGAUCAUGGCCUGUUAAAUCUUCACUGUGACUUCAUUAUCCAGCACUGACCACUUCAUCUCCAUAAUCUUGGGUCAGCUCAGUAUACUCUAUAAUCAUUGUACUUCUGUUGUAUUAUGUAAUGUUCUCAUGUUUUCAGCCUGCCAUCAUCAGUUCACAGAGAGUUAAGUAUUAACUGAGAGGAUCUUUUUCAUUGAUUUACUUUUAUUUGAGGCUCAAUUUGCUUCCCUCAAUCUACCCUUUUUAGUUUCUUAUUUGUUAUUCAAACUCUCCAAAGAUAAUUAAGGUUGUUAUCCAAUGAAAGCUUUCUCUGCUUUGCACCCUGCAUUAACAGUGGCUGCCAGUCCUCAGCUGGAGCUUUAAUGUCCGCCCUCAGAUAAGUUGAUACAUAUCGUAUGUAUUAGGUAUUCAUUUUUGAUCCUAUCUGUGCCUUAGUUUUGCCAUCAUGAAAAAAAUAACAUUUUACUUACAGACAUUUUGGACACAGGGACACAGCUUUUGAACAUGUUGAAAUAUAAAGUUGAUUCACAAGUCCAGUUUAACACAGUUAUCAAAAUAGCCAUGGAACAUUUGUUACCAAGUCAUGACAAAAAAUAUCAUAAAACUUUGAGGGCCAGUACAGGCUACACAAUCUGUCUGUGUAUUUUCUCCUUUGUAGCUCUCAGGCCCACCACAACAAGACAAUGAUGUUCUCAUAACCAACUCAAAGUUUUGGGUCAUGGUCAGAUUCAAGUUUGGUUAUUGUGGUUUAUUGGGUCAUUUCUCUCUCUAUCUGUGCCAAUCAACCGCAUUCCUGUGUGUCAUAUUUGCAACACAUGACAGUAGAUAAAAAUACAACUUUGACUCUCAAGUCACUUUUAGGUCUUAAAGUUGGCAGUAGAGUCAGGUUCAGUUGGGUGGAGUCUUACAGGUGUAGGUAUGGUUCAGAUUCAGCUCUUACUGUUGCAACUGUGUAACACAACUAAAGACAAAUCCUUUCAAGAGAGAAUACUAUAGUAGGAAAAGCAACAGGUGUUUCACAUUAACGAUGGCUCCUUUCUAUUUAAGUGUCCCAGCAGCUUAAUGAAAUUCAGCCAGAAUUGAUAUUAUUAUUCACACCUGUGCUUUUUCUACAUGUCUCCUAUGACAAAGGCCUAUCAGCUACUCAGAUUUAAAUUUUACACAAUGGUUUGUGGAAUGUUAAUGAUGGCGAAGCAUGCUCAGCUAUCUUUCCAUGGAUACAUGAAGGUUCAAAUCCAUUCUUAGAGACACACUGUGUGGAUUGUGAUGGUGUUGGUCUCACCUCACCUUUAUCUGUCCCUAUGUUUUUUACUGUGUGACCAAAGAACAUAAGAUAAACCUUCCUUUUUUUUAUCAAAGUAAUGGCUUAACUACCUGCUGUCCAAAAUGUCAGUUUCCUUCUGAAGCCACAUAUCAUCCACAAUGACACCAAAUCCUCCAGUUUCAAUUCACUUACAUUAUGUAUGUUUGCAUGACAUUCAAUGUUACUGUCUUCUUACCUCUCAGCUCUGCUCUGAAUCCUGAACCUCUGUGUCAACCUCCCACCCCUUGUGUUUUAUUCAGUAUGUACUAACAGUUCCCAUAUGGUUAUUGUCUUUGUUUUUAUAGUAUUAAUGAUACACAUGUUAACGCUGUUAAUUUACAAUUAAAUACUUGUCACUUG